AUGCCCCACACGGUGGCCCUGCGCGGCCCCUCGCCGUGGGGCUUCCGCCUCGUGGGCGGCAAGGACUUCAGCACGCCGCUCACCAUCUCCAGGAUUAACCCUGGCAGUAAGGCAGCCAUGGCCAACCUGUGCCCAGGAGAUGUUAUUCUGGCCAUCAAUGGAGAGAGCACAGAACACAUGACGCACCUGGAAGCACAGAACAAGAUCAAAGCCUGCAUGGACCAGCUGCUGCUCUCGGUGAACAGAACUGAAGGGAAGACCUGGUCACCUCCYGUGCUAGAAGACGGAAAGGCCCAAGCUUACCGGAUCAAUAUAGAUCCAGACCUGCAGGAUAACGGGCCUGCGCUGAACAAAAAGCCGAUUCCCGCUCCUGGCGGAGGGACCCCUGUGGAUAACAAACAGAUGUUGAAUUUGCAGUACAACAACCCGACCCGGCUCUAUGCAAACAGCAGCGCCGAGCCGAGCCUGCCGGCCCAGAUGAGCGGGCUCCACAUCGCUCCUUCCCAAAGCCUCGACCCCUUAAAGUCUCUCCCGAGAAACAGAAAYGGGAUUGACAUGGAGUCAGAUGUCUACAAGAUGCUCCAGGAUUACGAAAAGCCGGUUUCGGAGCCUAAGCAGUCUGGAUCCUUCCGAUACCUGCAGGGCAUGUUGGAAGCUGGGGAGAACGGUGAGAAGCUCGACAGGCUGAGCAACCCGCGGCACGUGAAGCCGCCGGUGUCGAAGCUCGGCGGGGCCGUGUCCGGGCUGCAGCUGCUGCCGGAGUGCACGCGCUGCGGGAACGGCAUCGUCGGCACCAUCGUGAAGGCGCGCGACAAGCUCUACCACCCCGAGUGCUUCAUGUGCGACGACUGCGGCCUCAACCUCAAGCAGAGAGGCUACUUCUUCAUCGAGGAGCAGCUCUACUGCGAGACGCACGCCAAGGAGAGGGUCAAGCCGCCCGAAGGCUACGACGUCGUGGCCGUYUAUCCCAACGCCAAAGUGGAACUGGUCUAAAUGGGCGCUGUGCUCCCGGGCGCUGCGCGGCCGCCCGCCCACCCGCGCGCUGCCCGCGGAAACCGCCUCUAAUCGGCUCCGAUUAGUGAAGCCCAAGUCAAAUGCCUUCGCGUAGAUAAAACCGUUUACACUCCGGCUCCCCAGGGGCUGGUGUUGAAAGCCAGCGAGCAGGUUUUUCUCUUCUUUUUGACACUCUGCUUUUUGGGUUGCUGUGUCAGGUUAUUAGUCUCUGCCAUAACCUUAUCCAAGAUCUGUGUAAAUACUGAUUCAUUUUCUGCUUUGUUUGGUAUAAAACCAGUGUUGCUCUCACCCCCCCUUGCCCUCCAUCUUAAAAAAAAAAAAAAUGUAAGGAAGAUGUUUGAAAAGCUCAAAGAAAAUAAGGCACUUUAACAAAAGCAGCUGACUUUCCUAGCAUUAGUUUCCGACCUUCCAGCAAGGCCUCGCUCUGUGGCUUCCACAGCAAUUAAAAAUUAACAGCACAAGGAACCUUAACCCAUGCAACGGUGUCAUGUUUGGGGCUCCGAGGCUAAACCAGAGUUAGACCCGACCAGGGGCAACCAUGGGCAGCAGAAGGGGCCUUUCAGAGCGGGGAACUGGCGGCUCUGCCACCACACUGUUAAACAUCUGGAGGAUGUAGUUUGGG